GUGAGCUCCUAUGUGUCUCUCCCUUUCUGCUCUGUUUCGAAGACCCAGUUUGUGACGUUCUGCCGUGGAUUUCGGAAUCUCCUGGAGUAUUGAGGAAAUCAGAUACCCGGAAUAAUAAAAAAAAUCGGCUGUGAAAAGAACAAGGGGAUGUCAGCCGCGUCAGACGUCGGUGGGCGUGGUCACAUUGCCUUCGACCAGAGUCAUGUCAACAUUAAACUACCAAACAGAUGCCGGCGAUGCCACGCCUACAACGAGGACCCGGAUGUGCCAAUGCUUCGCCAGAGCUACGUGAUCCUCCUCAACCAGAUGACCCGAACGCCUGAAGGUCUGUGCUUCCUCCUGUGCCUCUCCCUCCCGCAGCUCGCCGUCACCUCCGUAGCCCUUCUGCUCCUGCUAUUCACCAAUCAUUAUAAUAUCGCGUUGGUGCUCCUCCAUUGCCUGGUUAUUCUCAACCUCGCCAGGUUCUGCGUCGUUAAGUACUUCGGCAGGCGCUACGGGAGGGAGUACUCAGCCGAGGCGGAUCUCCUGCACCUGCAGACGGCCGCCCUCGGACACCCAAAUCGCGGCGGUCUGGCAACCAUACACCGACCGCAAGUAUACGAGAACGCUACCUUGCCUGAUUAAAUGUUGUUAAUUAAUGCAUACAUAUCCACUGAUGAUUUUGUUUUGUGCAUGAUGCGCCAGAAAUUGAUGUUAGAAGAAGUGUCUUGUUAUGAAUAGACAUUCAAGUCAUAAGCAGAUGUAUGUGUAUGCAACAGUAGAUUAUAUUUCAUGUACUUAUUGCCUGAGGUGUUAAGCUUUAAAAAUGAAUUUUGUAUUUAUUAUAUGGGUUAUUUUUUUUUCCAUAAUGAAUCAAUAUAUGAAUAAAUUUCCUCUAAACAGAUUUUAGUAUAUUUCUCUGUUCAAAAAUAGAGACAAAAAAGUGUAUAUCAUUGCAUACAUUAUAUCCCCAUGUA